CACACUACACCACCAUCCCCUCCCCCCCUACCGCCUCGUUUCGCACACCUCUCCUCCCCCCCAUCCCAUCAUCAAUUCUUCAAUCAAUCAUCCCUCUUCUCUUCUCUUCCCAUUUCAAUUUUCCUUUUCCCCUCAUAAAAUCACUCUCCCUCUUCUCUCUUCCUCUUCUCCCCCCAAAAACCUCGCCUCCGCCCGAUCGCCUCGCCGCCUUAACCCCCACCCCCGAUCUCCUUCCUCACCGACGACGCGCGCCCCACUCCCCCCACCUCAAUGCGCGCUUCCUAGGGCAUAUGACCGGUACUACGACAACCAUCACCUCUCGCCGUCACCGUCAUCGUCGGGAUGGAGCUCGCCGGCAGCAACAACAAGCGGGGGAGGGUGAGGGGGCCCAACGACGACGACGACGACGCCGGGGAGCCGGACGCCAAGCGCCAUCACCACCAGCUGCUGUUGCCGUGGCCGCAGCAGCAGCAGCAGCAGCAUCCGGCGUCGCGGAUCUACCGGGUGUCGCGGGCCUCCGGCGGGAAGGACCGCCACAGCAAGGUGUACACGGCCAAGGGCAUCCGCGACCGCCGCGUCCGCCUCUCCGUCUCCACCGCCAUCCAGUUCUACGACCUCCAGGAUCGUCUCGGGUAUGACCAGCCGAGCAAGGCCAUCGAGUGGCUCAUUAAGGCCGCCGCCGCCGCCAUCGACAAGCUCCCUUCGCUUGAUACCGCUUCCUUCCCCACCAACCCCGCCUCCUCCGCCGCUGUUGCUGCUGCUGCUGCUCCUCCUCUUCCCCAUGCCGAACGCGAGCAGCAGCAGCAGCUCACCAAGUCCGGAUGCAGUAGCACGUCGGAGACCAGCAAGGGCUCCGUCCUCUCCCUCUCCCGCUCCGAGAGCCGCGUCAAGGCCAGGGAGCGCGCCAGGGAGCGGAGCAGCGCGGCCGCCGCCGCGGCAUCCAAGGACGCCGGGGACGACGCCGCCACCCCCACCGCGCCCACCGCCGCGCCCGCCUCCUCGCAGGCGGCUUCCUUCACCGAGCUACUCACCGGGAUGGCCGCAGCCAACGCCUCACCCGCUGACCACAAGCAGCAGCAGGCGUGGCAGCCGAUGACCGUCGCCGCGGCCACCGCCGACUACAUCGGCUUCGCCGCCGCCGCCGCGCCGCAUACGCAGCCGCGGAAAUCCGCCGCGGGCCAUCACUCCGCGAUGCCGCACACCUUCGCAUCACCCGCUCCCCACCUCGCCAACAUCACCCCCAUCGCCAUGGCGCCCGCGCAGCACUUCACCCUCACACCCGCCGCCGCCGAGCACCACGCGGAGAUGACGCACUACUCGUUCGACCACUUCAUGCCCGUCCACGCGGCAGCAGCGGCGGCGGCGGCGGCCUCCACCCCGGCCGGCGGCGACUACAACCUCAACUUCUCCAUGUCCUCGGGUCUUGUGGGUGUCCACAGUAGGGGGACCCUUCAGUCCAAUUCGCAGUCUCACCUCUCCAGCCAUCACCACCACCAUCACCAGCAACAGCAGCAGCAGCAGCAGCUGCAGAGGCUGUCUGCUCCGCUGGAUGCGCCCAACAUUCCGUUCCUCUUCAGCCCGGCCGCCGCGCCCACCGCCGCGGACACCCAGUUCGCCGCCGCAUUGCAGCUCUGGGACGGGUUCCGGCACGCCGACAUCAAGGAGAAGGGCAAGCACUGAUCAGAUCAGCAGCCGCGGGCAUCGACGGCGACGUCUCUUCUUGGAUGGAAGUGAAAACAUCAAAACGUUGCAAGCCAUUCCUGUGAGCAACAUCCACAGCUUGAAGCUGCCAUAAGUGAAUGCUGGAUGCAUUCUCGGAAGUAGAGCAUCAACUGCACAUCUACCUUGGUCACGGGAGGACCUCAUCAUCGCUAUUCAGAUGAUCUUGUGCUUUUCUCUGCCUGUUGUUGUAUUCAUUUUGUUGAGUUGAGAAUUUGGGAGCAUUACUCGCCGGAGUGCCCUGAGGAGGGGACGCCCUUGUAAUCCUUUCUGUUGUAAACUAUGUCAAUGGAUGCAUGCGGCUCUGGACUGGAUUGGUUCUUUGCCUCUUUUGACACUGUGAGAUCGGUUGCCUGUCAAUUUUAUUGUUCUCGGUUGUGAGAGAAGUAAAGAACUUGAAAUCCAAUCUAUCAGAUGUACUCUAUCUGCGGUGAAUUCUUGCCAAAUACUGUACUCUUGAGAGAUGUAAAUUCAACUUGUUUCUA